AUGCGCAUCCUCAUUGCUCUCGCGUUUCUAUCGCCGCUUCUCCACGCCAAUGUUUCCGCCCGCGUGCGCCGCACGACUGCCGCCAAUGGACGCCCCCAAUGCACUGUCACAGCCAGCGGGAAUAGCACCGAUGACGUACCCAACAUCCUCUCGGCCUUUGACACGUGCGGAAACGGCGGCGAUAUCAUUUUCCCUGCUAGCGAGCAGUACACGAUUGGGACGCGGCUGAACCCGCGCGUCAACGACGUGCGGAUCUACUGGCACGGAGAGUGGACCUUCACUGCAGACCUAGACUAUUGGCGCAAUAACUCCUACCCUGUCGCAUUCCAGAACCACGCCGCGGGCUUCGUGCUCUCGGGCGACCAUAUCUGGAUCGACGGGUUCGGCACCGGUGGCAUCCACGGCAACGGCGACGCGUGGUACACAGCUGAGGCUGGGGAGACGCAGCCGGGCCGCCCGAUGCCGUUCGUUUUUUGGAAUGUGAGCGAUGUGACAGUGAAGAAUUUCUUUGUGAAGCAGCCCCAGCUAUGGGCGCUCAAUAUCAUGAAUGGCACGGAUAUGGUGUUCGAGAAUAUUUACUGCAAUGCAACGGCCACGAAAGCUCCGUGGGGCAGCAACUGGGUGCAGAACACAGACGGAUUUGACACCAUGGACGCAACAAAUAUAAAGUUACACAACUUCAUCUACCAAGGCGGCGACGACUGCGUCGCUAUCAAGCCGCGCUCCUACAACAUCGACAUUCGCAACGUGACGUGUCGCGGCGGCAAUGGUGUCACAAUUGGCAGUCUAGGGCAGUAUCUAGAAGACGCCAGCGUCGAGAAUGUGCAAAUCCAGGAUGUAGACGUCAUUCGCUACAACGAAGACAUGCACAACUGCGCCUACAUAAAAACCUGGGUCGGCGCACUCGUCCCUCAAUCGAACUACGAAUCCGCCGGCCAACCUCGCGGCGCAGGCUGGGGCUCCGUGCGCAACAUCCUGUUUGCGAACUUCCGCGUCCAAGGCGCAGACUCCGGCCCCUCGAUCACACAGGACAAUGGCAACAAUGGUAGCUUCGCCGGCUCAAGCCUUAUGGACCUGUCGAAUAUUGCGUUUGUCAAUUUCACCGGGUACCUGAAUAAUAAGAGCAGGACUGCGAGUGUGAGUUGUAGUAAUGUGCAUCCGUGCUAUAAUAUUGAUUUCAAGAACGUGGAGUUGAGGACUGCGGCGAAUGAGACGGGGACGGGAGAGGCGAGGUGUAGGUAUAUUGAGGAAGGCGGCGUGCAUGGGUUGACUGGGGAUGGGUGCUGA